AAACCAAACUUCACCCAAAUCAGAUUUUUCAAAAUAAUUUUGGGAUCUAUGGCCAAACGCUAGCUUCAUGUUCAAAUAGCCUUGUGCUUUACCUAUUCAUUAAGUAUCUUUGAGUUUAUUCAAAAGGGAAGAAAAGAGUUUUUUUUUUUUAAAUUUACAGAUUUUUUUUUUUAGUUUAUUGAAUUCAAGAAUGACAACAACAGAGGAGAAAUCAGUGAUGGUUGUGGGAAUAGAAGACAAUCAACACAGUUUUUAUGCAUUGGAAUGGAUUUUGGAUCAUUUUUUUGGAACUUCACCUUCUCUUUUCAAACUUGUCAUUGUUCAUGCCAAGCCUUCUCCUGCUUCUGUAAUUGGCCUCACUGGUCUAGGCAGUGUGGAAAUUUUGCCAUCAAUAGAAACGGAUUUGAAGAAGAUUGCUGCAAGGGUUGUGGAGAAAGCUAAGGAGAUAUGUACUGCAAAAUCCGUGAAUGAUGUUAUAGUUGAUGUCGAGGAAGGUGAUGCCAGGAAUGUCCUAUGUGAAGCUGUAGAGAAGCAUCAUGCCUCACUUUUAGUUGUUGGUAGUCAUGGUUAUGGAGUUUUAAGGAGGACUGUUUUGGGUAGUGUAAGUGACUAUUGUGCUCAUCAUGCCCACUGCAGUGUUAUGAUUGUGAAGAAGCCAAAGCAUAAAUCCUAAGGUAUUUCUACUUGGUAUGUGUCUAUUUGAGUGAACAAGUUUUAGAUGUUACAAACAUGUCAUCAUUUUCUCCAAUUUGUGGAGGAGAACUCAAUUGACUGUGUGUAUUUAUCCAAUUACUUGACUCUCAAUUUCCCUAUUUAGCUAUUUUAAGAUUGUAGUUGUUCCCUCUUUGUACCGGGUAGUCUGAUAGAGUUUUGUUUAGGUAUGUUAGCGGUCUAUGUUAUGUUCACAUUGUUGUUUUGCAUAGUUUUAUGUUAUUGUCUUUUCACUUAUUCGUUGUUGUUAUUUUCUUUCUGGCAUCUUUUGUUGUUACAUGCCUUUUCUUUUGUUUCUUUUCUGAUAUUAUUGUCUCUCUUGUUGAGCCGAGAGUCUCCGGGAAACAGCCUUUCUACCCUUUUCGGGGUAGGAGUAAGGUCUGCGUACACUCUACUCUCCCCAGACCCCACUAGUGAAAUUUAUUGGGUAUGUUGUUGUUGUUGUUGUUGUAAGAUUGUAGUUGUUAUGUAACAUACCGGUGGCAAAAAUU